GGAUGCAUUAAAUUAAUCUGUGCAGCAACCAUUGGUGUUGAACUUCAACCGUUGGAUUUCACCACCAUCUGCGGAAAGAUUUGUUUCUGCUGCUUGGAAAAUGCUGGGCAAGAGAAGUUCAGUGGCCUUAGGGAUGGAUCUAACAUUUGCAAGAGUGUGCAAGUGAUCCAUUAAGAUAAAGAGCCACCUGUUUAGUGACCUCGUCGUCAACAUUUAAAUGAAGGCUGGGAAUGUGAUCAAGGAAUUACCAACAGGGCCAUCUGAUUCAUCAAUGUUGAGGUUGGCUCAGUUGAUAAGGCCACCUUUUUCUGCUCCGUCACCACCAUCAUCAUCAACAUGACUAGGUCCAGAAGGAGUAGCAACACCAUCCAAGGAUUUGAGACAAAGUCAUUGCUUUCAAGUACCAAGGUGACGACUUUGAGGUCCGCAAGCCCCCACAAACCCAAGCCGAGCCGUGAGACGAGGUUUGAGUCCCGAAAUGCGCUAAUGUUAAGAUCCAGCUCAGCGCAAUCAACCGAAAGCGAACUGGAAGAUGAAGUUGUGCAUUUGCUUGUUGCUCAUCAUUCUUGGCUACGCCCCUGGCAUCAUCUACGCACUAAUGUGUGUACUCGUUGCUCUCAACUCGGACGAUGGAUGCACUGGAAGUUCCAUAUGAGGGAUGUAUGUGCUCUGGAUUGGUCAUUAUGCUCUGUUUUCUUCUCCAGACAAUGGAAUUUGUUGAACAAGAACUGUUUGCAAAAGCUUAUCAUUCUCCUAUGUGAUUUACUGGAGGUGAAGAUACCAGAUGACGAGCGCAAGCUCCUCGCUCUAGCUGUCAUGGAGGUGAUGGACAGAAGUGUACACAGGGAAGCAUCAGCUGUCGUGUAGGGGAGAAGUGGAUCGGAGGUGGCCAGUUGGCAAGGAUGUAGGGAGCCAUGCGGUUCGGGCCGGCCAGUCAUGCUUUCAUUCUUGAUUUCUUCCACGGAUGUUGCAGCCGGUUAGGAACUAGUGAGCUUUAGGUAGAUUGACUGAUACUACAGUGGGUUUUUGCACUAAUAUUUCAUCUUACGCGUUACCAGCGCUAGAUCAAUUGGCCUGGAGCAUCUUAUGAGAGACAAGCUACUUGGCCACCUUGUGUAUUUCA